AUGGAUCGCGGGGGGAAACCUGACUACCCGGCUUAUUUAUUGGAUUAUAUGGAAGAGCAUGGAAUCCAAGAACUGCCAUUGUCCGAUCCCCACGAAGAAGAAGAAGAAGAAGAAGAAGAAGAAGAGGAUGACCACCAAAAUGAGGACCAGAGCGACCAUGGUGGCGGCGGAAUAAUCGGACCUUUCGGUACGACGUUACCCCCGGGGCUGUACGGGAAUCACGGCAACAGUACAAACUCCGUGACGGCUGCGGAAGUUGUGGAUGUCCAAACCCUGGCCUCGGAGAAAGAUGACGUCACCGUGGACGGCGAAGUUGGAAGCAGCAGCCCGAGAAGGGAUAACGAUGGAGGUAAAGCUGGUGAAACGGCGUCCUUGAAGGGUGACAGUGAUGGAGAAAAUGGAGAGCUGAAUACGGGUGAAAUUGACGGAAUAUUUUGUCCAAUCUGCUUCGAGGCUUGGUCCUCUGGCGGUGACCAUCAUAUCUGGGAUGCACUUUAUUUCGGUUCCACUUUUCCGGGUUUUUGUAUCAAGAAAUGGUUGCGUCGUCCAGGCUCAAGCAAGUGCCCACAAUGUAAGAAGAAAUGUAGGCUAAAGGACAUUCGAUUACUUUAUGCCAAUCAAAUUGUUGCUGUCGAUGGAGAGGUUCAAAAGACGGUAAAAUCACUUGAAGCAAAAUGUGCGUCUCUUGAGAAACUGAGUGUUGACUGGUCUAAGAAGGAAGUAGACUGGAAGAAGAGAGAAGCUGAUUUAUGCAAGCAAGUCCGAUAUCUGAAAGGGAAAACUCAUGACUUAGAGGAUCUUCUAAAAGAAACGGAACACAGAGCUUCAGGAUCAUCUGCAUCGAGUUGGAAUCAUUUAAGAGAACCAACUUUGGGAUUUAAUGCUAAUCCUAAUUUCCACGUGGAAGGGUGUCCGAAUAAAUUUAUAUUGCAGAAGGACUUUCAGAUAGAUGGAGCUCGUCUCUUUGACAUUGAUUCUAUCAAUAAAAAUUUUGUGUUUGCUCGAAGGCUCUCUGGAAUGGGGGGAGCGCAUGUGCUGACCAAAGUGAGCAUGCUAUCUAAUGACGAAAGGGAGGAUAUUCGACUCCCUGAGAACACAAAAGCUAUUAAGGAUCUAGAAGUUUCUCCCCAUGCCACACUUGUGCUGUUGGCUUCCUUAGGAAAGAAACUAUCAGUUCUUAGCACGGACAGCAACAAUACCAUUCUCACUUAUGAUUUACCGGCUGCUGGCUGGUCAUGUGCAUGGGAUAUUUGCAGUCCACACUAUAUUUAUGCGGGCUUGCAGAAUGGAACAGUUUUGCAGUUCGACAUGCGUCAGACUAGGACACAUGUGGAAUCCUUAAGUGGAUUGACAUGCAACCCAAUCCAUACAUUACAUUCUCUUUCAUCUGAUUCAUCUUCCACUUCCGGCGUUAGAAGUGUUUUAACUGCAUCUUCACUUGGCUUAUGUCAAUGGAAUUUUGGUGGAAGUGAAGAAAGGCCGUAUUUGAUACCUGAAUCAGAUAAGCAAGGAGUUUGUAUAUCACUUGCUUACAGUAGAUACAGUGACGAUAUAGUUGCUUCAUAUCGUCCUAAAGUUGAGAUAUCUGGCGACCUGGAAAUGUCACAACCCACACUUACGGCUCCUGGGCAAGGUACACGGGGCAGUCAUGUAAUAUACAAAAAAAAGGGCUGCGCAUACCAAAAGUUAGGAGUUACCGGUGCUAAUGUGAGCGAUAUCCGACUGCCAAAAUCCGCAAUCAUAUAUGGGGUACAUCAAAACCCUGUGUUUGCUUCUGGAGAUGAAUUGACGGGCGAAAUGGUGUUGCAAGACUUACCAUCAAUGAUGGUUGUCGAUCAUCUUAGACCUAAAAAAUACCCUAUUCGUGACGCCAAGUACACACGUCUCUUGAAUUCAGGAUUGCUUGGCUGUUUGAGUGAGGAUUCCAUGCAGUUAUUCAGCGCGCCAAGGUAUCGUGAAGGUAAAUGUAGCCAUUGGAGUUGAAUAUGAAUGCUAAAUGUAAUACAAUUGAUGGUUUCCUUAGUGUAGAUUAUUGAAUUGCUACCUAUUAAGUUGAAGCCUUGGCUUCUUAGUGCACUGUCUUUAACAUGAUU